AUAAAAACAUGUUUGCAGAAUAAUGGAAAACAAGCGCAGCUCCCAAGGUUGCUGCAGUGCUCGGGAUACAGACCUGCUGCUACGGCUGCAGUCGCAGUAGCUCUUUUACACCGGUGGCCCAGAAGCCGAUGAAAAGUCGGCAGGCUGCUGGGUGGACACAAGAAAGAACAUGAAACUCCGCGCCUCAUUAUCUGUGGCUUUCUUCAUUGCCGCUCUAUUUGCCCCAGCAUUCUCCGAGGAUGAAGCUGCGAAACAACCCACGCCCAAGCACGGCUCAGAGGACCGCGGAGGCGGAUCUCGAGAGAGAAAGGAGAGCGCGGACUACGAACCAAAAGACUUCGAGGGCACCUUCACGCGGUCCAUGAGGAAACUGCAGCGGCAGGUGCGGAGACGCCACAAUCACUACAGGAAGCUUCACGGCGUCGAACCUCUCGAAAAAGACGAUGAGCUGGACCGUUACGCGCAAGCCUGGGCUUUGCACCUGGCCAAUAUAGGAAGGUUGACCCACAGAAAGAGAAAGCAGUAUGGCGAGAACCUUUACGAAGGAACUUUCGAUGAAGACAACCCAAUCAGAGGGAGAGACGCCGUGGACGCCUGGUACAAACAGAUCGAGAACUACGACUUCACGAAGAACUGUCGCCAACGGCGGACGUCCAAAUUCACUCAGAUCGUUUGGAAGGACACACUCGCUCUGGGCACCGGCAUUGCACGUGGGAAGGAGGGGAAGUACUACUUAGUGUCGGUCUACGAUCCUAGGGGAAACGUGAGGGGCGAGUAUCGCGACAACGUGAAUAAGCCUAUCGAAGGCCAAGGCGAGACGCUUCCGAGACCUGUGUCAAAGCCAGAGCCGGAGCCAGAGCCGAAGCGAAAUCCAGAGCCAGGGCCGGAGCCAAUGCCGGAGCCAAAGCAAGAACCAAAGCCAGUGACACAUAAACCGCCAAAAGUGGCGUUGAAUACACCCGGACAACCGCUCAUUCGUUUACGUGGCUGCCCCGGAAAGAAACCGCUUGUAUUUAAGAUUAACGUAUCUCCCGACUCGAAAGCACCAAGUUAGCAGCCGUGCAUGUAUGCAGACUGCAUGGACAUUAAUGUAAUCAGCGCUCUUUAUAAGUUUAAACGUUUGGAAGCAGCAUGUGGCUUCAAGCUCUCUGAUUCUCCGAUGAGUACUGUGCCCACUUUGAAACCGCAAUGGAAUGCUACGAUCGGUUUACGUGAACGUUUUAUUUCUUUUGUCUUCUUGUGCUUCUGCUCCGUCAUUUAAUCAAUUAUUUCACUACGAUUUCUAGUUCUUGGGUCUGCGUCUUUUAAAUAGCCAGCUCUUUGGCGACAAUUCUCAUCAGUUUAACACCGUCUAAUAAACAAGAGAAAAAGAACGUCUCUUUCUUUGGCUUACAACGAAAGUUCCCUG